AUGGUCAUCGUGGACCAAUGUGGGUCGGCUCGGCUCUCGUCGACUUCAGCAGCCGAAACCAAACCACCUACCACCCUCCUCCGGAAUAUCCUCUAUGGCACCUCAUUCUCUAUCUUUGUCGCAUUCAGCUACUACUACAUAACCGAUACCCGUGCCAGCGUUCACCAAUGGCUUGUCGUCCCCCUCCUCCGUUGGCUCUACCCGGAUGCCGAAGACGCGCAUCACGUUGGUACCGAAGCUCUUAAGACACUCUACGCGUUCGGCCUACACCCCCGAGAGCGGGUUUCGAAGACAGAAGAGGCCAAAGGUGUGGAUCUGAGCGUGGAGGUCUUUGGGCGGCGACUGUCCAACCCAAUUGGAAUCAGCGCGGGACUCGACAAAGCGGCGGACAUUCCGGACGCGUUGUUCGCGUUGGGGCCGGCGAUUGUCGAAGUCGGUGGAGUUACGCCUCUUCCCCAAGAUGGGAACCCUCGACCACGAGUGUUCAGACUGCCUAGCCAACAAGCGAUCAUCAAUCGGUACGGACUAAAUUCGCUCGGUGCGGUAAACAUGGCGGCACGGUUACGGGAACGGGUGCGGGUGUUUGCGUAUAAUUACUUUGGGAUUGAGAGGGAUGCCGAGGAUUUCGUUCUUAAUGGCGGAGCUGGCGUUCCGCCAGGGAGUCUCCAGGAUGGGAAGAUGCUUGUGGUUCAGGUAGCAAAAAAUAAAUGGACGAAGGACGAUGAUAUCCAGGCUGUUACAAAGGACUUUGUGACGGCUACAAAGGAAGUAGCAGUGUAUUCGGAUAUCAUUUCCGUCAAUGUCAGCAGUCCUAACACGCCCGGCUUGAGAACAUUACAAAGGGUAGAGCCAUUGACAAGGAUAUUAGAAGGCGUAGUGAAUGCGGCGAAGUCCGUAAAGAGGCGCGACCCACCAAAGGUCAUGGUUAAGGUCUCUCCAGACGAGGAUAGCGAGGAGCAGAUCCAGGGGAUCGUCGAAGCUGUGUGGAGAAGCGGCGUCGAUGGGAUUAUCGUCGGGAACACCACCAAGCGGAGGACAAACCUGGUCUCUGCAGACAUUCCCGCGAAGGAGAGACAGACCCUAGAGGAGGAAGGCGGUUACUCCGGGCCUCAGAUGUUCCAGCGGACCCUAGACCUAGUCAAGAGAUACCGGAACCUCCUCAACCAAGGACCCUUGCCUUUGGAAGGAGCUUCGGGAGAGGGAGCAGGGGAAGGAGAGGCAGAGAAAAACCUCGCGAGCUCGGCCGGUGCAGUCUCAACACCCGAUGAGCCCUCCUCCAAUAUCGUCGAGAAAAUCGCAACGGUUAAGGACGCCCAUGACGCCAGCUCAGCUGGCAUCAGCGAGGCGCCCAAGCCCACUCGCGGCACGCCCGAGCCCAAGGUUAUCUUCGCAACGGGAGGAAUCACGAACGGCAAGCAGGCGCUCGAAGUCUUGAAUGCGGGGGCCUCGGUGGUGCAAGUCUACACGGGCCUUAUCUAUGGUGGCUCGGGGACUAUAACAAGAAUCAAGAAGGAGAUGAGAGACGAAAUUUCUCGCAAAUAG